GGGUCCCGGGCGCGAGGAGAGGCCGUCCGACCCCGGAGGGUCUCCACGCAGCACGAGGGCGGGUCUGCGCCAGCGGCCCGGAGCCCCGCCAGAGAACCGGACGCGCCGGGGUUAAUCCCACGGGCCCAGGAGGGGGGGCAGGCCCCGAACCCCGAGAUCGGAGGGCAGAAGGGUCCUGAGCAGAAGCAAGAGUUCCUCGCUUCCGAUGCCGUUCCCCUCGAGCUGCGUGAGCGCCGGCCGGGCCUCUGCCGCAGACAUGGAGAAACUCAGUGCGCUGCAGGAACAGAAGGGCGAGCUGCGCAAGCGCCUGUCCUACACCACGCACAAGUUGGAGAAGCUGGAGACGGAGUUUGACUCCACCCGCCACUAUCUGGAGAUUGAGCUGAGGCGCGCACAGGAGGAGCUGGACAAGGUCACGGAGAAACUGCGCAGGAUUCAGAGCAACUACAUGGCACUCCAGAGGAUCAACCAAGAGCUGGAGGACAAGCUGUACCGGAUGGGCCAGCACUAUGAGGAAGAGAAGCGUGCCAUGAGCCACGAGAUUGUCGCCCUCAACAGCCACCUGCUGGAGGCUAAGGUGACCAUUGACAAGCUGUCAGAGGACAACGAGCUCUAUAGGAAGGACUGCAAUCUAGCGGCCCAGCUGCUGCAGUGCAGCCAGACCUACGGCAGGGUCCAUAAGGUGUCCGAGCUGCCCUCGGACUUCCAGCAGCGUGUGAGCCUGCAUAUGGAGAAGCAUGGCUGCAGCCUGCCGUCCCCACUGUGCCAUCAGGCCUACGCCGACAGCGUGCCCACCUGCGUCAUCGCCAAGGUGCUGGAGAAGCCCGACCCCGGCAGCCUGUCCUCGCGCAUGUCGGAUGCCUCGGCCCGCGACCUGGCCUACCGCGACGGAGUGGAGAACCUGGGCCCGCGACCCCCGUACAAGGGAGACAUCUACUGCAGCGAAACGGCUCUCUACUGCCCUGACGAGCGAGAUCACGGCCGGCGGCCCAGCGUGGACACGCCGGUGACCGACGUGGGCUUCCUGCGUGCGCAGAAUUCCACCGACAGCGCGGCGGAAGAGGAGGAGGAGGCCGAGGCGGCGGCCUUCCCGGAGGCCUACCGUCGCGAGGCCUUCCAGGGCUACGCGGCCUCGCUGCCCACGUCCAGCUCCUACUCCAGCUUCAGCGCCACGUCCGAGGAGAAGGAGCACGCGCAGGCCAGCACGCUGACCGCCUCGCAGCAGGCCAUCUACCUGAACAGCCGCGAAGAGCUCUUCAGCCGCAAGCCGCCCUCCGCCACCUACGGGCCCUCCGCCACCUACGGCAGCAGCCCUCGCUACGCCAAGGCCGCGGCCACCCUGGGCUCCCCGCUCGAGGCCCAGGCAGCCCCAGGCUUCGCUCGGACUGUGUCUCCGUACCCGGCCGAGCCCUACCGCUAUCCGGCCUCCCCGGGCUCCCAGCAGGCUCUCAUGCCUCCCAACCUGUGGAGCCUGCGGGCCAAGCCGAGCGGUAACCGGCUUGCCGCCCGGGAGGACAUUCGAGGCCAGUGGCGGCCCCUGAGCGUGGAGGAUGUGGGCGCCUACCCUUACCAGGCCGGCGCCGCAGGCCGCGCCGCCUCGCCCCGCAACUUCUCAGAACGUUUCUACGGCGGCGCUGGCGGCGGCGGCAGCCCCGGCACGAAUGCCGAGGGCCGUGCCAGCCCCCUCUAUGCCAGCUACAAAGCCGAUAGUUUCUCGGAGGGCGAUGACCUCUCCCAGGAUCAUCUGGCCGAGCCCUGCUUCCUCCGAGCGGGUGGCGAUCUGAGCCUCAGCCCCAGCCGUUCAGCUGAUCCUCUCCCUGGCUAUGCCACUAGUGAUGGGGAUGGGGAUAGGCUCGGGGUGCAGCUGUGUGGGGCUGGCAGUAGCCCGGAGCCCGAGCACGGCUCCCGGGAUUCCCUGGAGCCUAGCUCCAUGGAGGCCUCUCCCGAAAUGCACCCUCCAACCCGCCUCAGCCCCCAGCAAGCCUUCCCAAGGACUGGAGGCUCUGGGCUGAGCCGCAAGGACAGUCUCACUAAGGCCCAGCUCUACGGAACCCUGCUCAACUGACU